GCAGGGAUGGGGGGACGUCAGAAAUCCCAGCCUCAUCUUACUUCCUCCCCGGGCCCCCGCCCGGCAGCCUAGGUUCUGGACUCGGGCCAGGGAGGCGGCACCGCGCCGGGUCUGGGGCGCUUCCUGCGCAGCAGCCAGGCGAGUCCUCCAAGGAGAGGAGCGCGCGGAGGAGCGUGUGGCGCUGUGACAGCGCACCUGGACGGCGCGGGUGGCGACAUGGAGGACGGUGUGCUCAAGGAAGGCUUCCUCGUCAAGAGGGGUCACAUCGUCCACAACUGGAAGGUGCGAUGGUUCGUCCUUCGGCAGAACACGCUGCUGUACUACAAGCUCGAGGGGGGUCGGAAGGUGACCCCUCCCAAGGGCCAGAUCCUCCUGGAUGGCUGCACCAUCACCUGCCCCUGCCUGGAGUACGAAAACCGACCCUUCCUCAUUAAGCUGAGGACGAGGACGUCCACAGAAUACUUCCUGGAGGCCUGUUCUCGGGAAGACAGAGACGCCUGGGCCUUUGAGAUCACAGGGGCUAUUCACGCUGGGCAGCCGGGGAAGGUGCAGCAACUCCACAUGCAGAGGAACUCCUUCAAGCUGCCCCCUCACAUCAGCCUGCAUCGCAUCGUGGACAAGAUGCAUGACAGCAACAGUGGAAUCCGGCCAAGCCCCAACAUGGAGCAGGGGAGCACCUACAAAAAGACCUUCAUAGGCUCCUCCCUGGUGGACUGGCUCAUCUCCAACAGCUUUGCAGCCAACCGCCUGGAGGCCGUGACCCUGGCCUCCGUGCUCAUGGAGGAGAACUUCCUUAGGCCAGUGGGCGCCCGAAGCACGGGAGCCAUUCGCUCUGGGGAUCUGGCCGAGCAGUUCCUGGAUGACUCCACGGCUCUGUACACGUUCGCCGAGAGCUACAAGGAGAAGACAGGUCCCAAAGAAGAAAUGAAUCUCAGCACCAUGGAGUUAAGUGGCACGGUGAUAAAACAAGGCUAUCUGGCCAAGCAGGGCCACAAGAGGAAGAACUGGAAGGUGCGGCGCUUUGUUCUGAGGAAGGAGCCGGCUUUCCUGCAUUACUACGACCCUUCCAAAGAAGAGAACCGGCCAGUGGGCGGGUUUUCUCUUCGUGGUUCACUCGUGUCUGCUCUGGAGGAUAACGGCGUUCCCACUGGUGUUAAAGGGAAUGUCCAGGGAAAUCUCUUCAAAAUCAUUACUAAAGACGACAUACACUAUUAUAUCCAGGCCAGCAGCAAGGCUGAGCGAGCUGAGUGGAUUCAAGCUAUCAAAAAGCUAACAUGACAAGGACCCAAGGGAACAAAACCAGGAUUCCUCCCACCUACCAGAUGAUACAGACAAGGUUUCCUGGAAAAUGAGUGUGUUGAGACUUCAUUUUGUGCUGUUUUAGAGUGAGACUAGUGAAGAGUUCCUUAGACCACAGUCAGUAAUGGUGCUAUUUCCUUCCUCACCUUUAUGUUAACAGCCUGGAAAUGCUAGAACAGCCAUUAGGUGCCAUCAUCUUGACUUGUGCCAGUUAUCACAGCCAGCCAUUCUUUGGCUGCCAAAGUAGGUUUUCCUGGUAACACUAACCAGCCACAUUAUAGUACUAAAUAAAAUGCUAGUCUCA